AUGGAAAGUAGCCCAGAUAGAUACCAAAUCGAAGACAAAGUAUCAAGCAUUAGAAAAGCUAUUAGUGAACUAUCUCCUUCAGGCCAAGAGUUUGGCUUUGAAAGCUCAUUUCGUCCGUCUUUGUUCAAUCGCAUUGACUCUGCUUCAUCAUUUAAUACAGAAAGGUCACUUGACCGUUUUCUUGAAGAAAGAUUUGAAGAAGAUAGCCAUCGUGUGGACGUUAGAAGCAGCCUAGCCCCUGUAGAAGAAAAAAGCUUAGACUAUUCAAGGGAAGAAAGGCCUUUAAUAAGAUCCCCAGCAGCUUUUAAUAGAAAUCAUGAAAAUAUGACCAAAAGCUUUGAAGAGCUAAGACAAGGCUCACCAAGCUUUAAAAGCAGUUUUAAAACAAAUGAAUACCAUGGCUUUACUUCAAAAAAAGAUGAUAGUUGGGAAAAUUCAAUUUUACUUGAAAUGGAAAAAGAAAAUUCAAUAAAGCUUGAAGGAAAAGUUAUUGAAAAAGAUAGGAUUAUUGAUGAACUUACACAGAAAAAUUCUAGGCUGCAAAGAGAAGUGGAUGAAUAUCGAACCAAAAUGAAUUUAAUAAGAAAUGAAAAAGAAAGCGACGCAGGCUACCAAAUCAAAAAAAUUGAUGAUUUGCAAGCAAGAUUAGAAGCUUGUGAGAUAAAAAAUAUGAGGCUGCAGGAACAAUCAAGCAAUUUUCAAGUAUGGGAUUUUCCCAGGGAUGGCGCUAUUUUGGCUUUGAUUUUCCCACUGGGAAAAUUUUUUGGUUUGACUAAACCAUAUGUACUGGUCGAACCAAAAAAUUUUCCAGUGGGAAAAUCAAGGAUAAAACAGCGCCAUACACAGGAAAUUGCAAUACAAAUGAAUGUUAAAGAUCAGCAGAUAAAAAGAUUGGAGUUUGAAAAAAAUCAAAUUGAAAGAAAUGAUGACCAAAAAAUUCAAAGACUAGAAGAGGCUGAAAGAAAAAUAAAUGGAUUGGUAAAAGAAAGGGCAAAUUUGAUAAAUGAAAAUGAAAAUUUAAGAUUUCAAUUAGAAAGCAAUGAAAAGCAAACUAUUACUUCUAAAUCCAUUGUAUUAGACCUACAAAGAGAAGUGUCAAGGCUAAGCGCUGUUAGAGAUGCAAGAGAAGAAGAAAUCAAAGGCCUCCGUAGCGAACUUGAUAGAGCUGCUAUUCUCCGUAAAGAAGACGCCCAGAGGCUAGAAGAAGAAGUUCGCAGUGUUCUCAAGAAAAAACGCGAUUUAGAAUCAGAAAUCUCUGACUGAGUCAAAAAGGGCAUCAGCAACCUAAAAGCUGCUCUUGGCAACCAAAAGCCUGAAAAUGCAGCACAAAUUCUUACAAUAAUCAGAGAAUUAAAAGAAUACAAAAAUCACAAAAAAUUAAUUCAAAGACUUUCAAAACUUAUCAAAGAGUGCUCGCCUCCUGGGACUUUUUAUAUUGAGCCUAACUCAAAGCAGAUUUGGAAAUGGGUGAGAAGGCUGAUGGAGGAUUAUUUAGUGCUAAAAAAAAGAGCUAGCAGCGCAUGGCAAUAA